GUCUCAGGAGUAAUUGCCUAUAAUUGGUGCUAAGAUCGUAUGUUAUUUUACCAUUUUCCCACUCAUAUGUUGGCGAUUCGCAUUAGCCAGCCGGAUUGCUCAAUCUAGUCGAGAAGAAAUACCAUCUCAUUUACCUGUAGAUUAGUACCCGUUUCAGUCUGCUACAUUAUCAAUAUGUUUCGCAUGAUUCAUUUUGCAUUGGACUUUUUAGAUGGGUUCUCAUUUUCAGGGUUGUUCUUGCAGGUCGAUGAGAAACAGAAAAAUGUUCUUCUCACUGAACAAGGUUAUGAGGAUGCUGAAGAGAUUUUGGAUCUUAAAGAUCUGUAUGAUCCCCGUGAACAAUGGGCACUCUAUCUAUUGAAUGCCAUAAAAGCAAAAGAGCUGUUUCUUAGGGAUGUUAACUAUAUUGUACGGGGCAAGGAGGUGCUUAUAGUGGAUGAGUUCACCGGUCGAGUUAUGCAGGGUAGAAGAUGGAGUGAUGGACUUCACCAAGCUGUUGAAGCAAAAGAAGCUUUGCCUAUUCAAAAUGAGACUAUAACGUUGGCGUCAAUUAGUUACCAGAACUUUUUCCUUCAGUUCCCGAAAUUGUGUGGUAUGACUGGGACAGCUGCUACUGAAAGCACUGAAUUUGAGAGCAUAUACAAACUCAAAGUGACUAUUGUGCCUACAAACAAGUCCAUGAUAAGAAAGGAUGACUCUGAUGUCGUAUUCAGGGCAACUGUGGGCAAAUGGCGAGCUGUUGUUGUAGAGAUUUCAAGAAUGUAUAAGACAGGGAGACCUGUGCUUGUUGGCACAACAAGUGUUGAACAGAGUGAUGGAUUAUCUGGUCAGUUGCAAGAAGCCGGGAUUCCUCAUGAGGUUCUCAAUGCAAAACCAGAGAAUGUUGAGAGAGAGGCUGAAAUCGUAGCACAGAGUGGUCGCUUAGGGGCUGUAACGAUUGCCACAAAUAUGGCAGGUCGUGGAACAGAUAUUAUUCUUGGAGGGAAUGCAGAAUUUAUGGCCAGACUGAAACUACGUGAGAUUUUAAUGCCAAGAGUUGUGAGACCAGAUGAAGCUUUUGUCUCAGUGAAGAAAGCUCUCCCUCCAAAGAAGUCAUGGAAGGUGAAUGAAAAUCUAUUCCCCUGCAAACUAUCUGACGAGAAUACAAAGUUGGCUGAGGAAGCCGUUCAGUUUGCCGUGAAGGCCUGGGGUCAGAGAUCAUUAAAUGAGUUGGAAGCGGAGGAGCGACUGUCUUAUUCUUGCGAAAAGGGCCCUGCUCAAGAUGAAGUAAUAGCAAAGUUGCGCACUGCCUUUCUAGAAAUUAUGAAAGAAUAUAAGAUAUACACCGAGGAAGAAAGGAAGAAGGUCAUAUCAGCAGGUGGGCUACAUGUAGUGGGGACAGAGAGGCACGAGUCACGAAGAAUCGACAAUCAGCUUCGAGGCCGCAGUGGGCGCCAAGGGGAUCCAGGAAGUUCACGCUUCUUCCUUAGCCUGGAGGAUAACAUCUUCAGAAUUUUCGGUGGAGACAGGAUCCAGGGCUUGAUGAAAGCAUUUAGAGUUGAGGAUCUACCCAUUGAAUCUCAAAUGCUAACGAAAGCACUGGAUGAAGCUCAGAGGAAAGUGGAGAACUAUUUCUUUGACAUUCGGAAGCAAUUGUUCGAGUAUGAUGAAGUUCUCAACAGCCAGAGAGACCGGGUAUACAGCGAGAGAAGACGAGCCCUUGAAUCUGACAAUCUCCAGUCUCUCAUUAUUGAGUAUGCUGAACUAACAAUGGAUGAUAUCUUAGAGGCAAAUAUUGGUACUGAUGCACCUACAGAAAGUUGGGAUCUUGAAAAGCUGAUUGCAAAAGUUCAACAGUAUUGCUAUCUGUUGAAUGAUCUCACCCCAGAUUUGCUGAGAACCAAGUGUUCGAGUUACGAGGACUUAAGAGACUAUUUGAAGCUGCGAGGUCGCGAGGCUUACUUACAGAAAAGGGAUACCGUGGAGGAACAAGCACCAGGAUUGAUGAAGGAAGCUGAAAGAUUCUUGAUUUUGAACAAUAUAGAUAGGUUGUGGAAGGAACACCUGCAAUCAAUCAAGUUUGUCCAGCAAGCAGUGGGGCUACGUGGGUAUGCACAGCGUGAUCCACUGAUCGAGUAUAAACUUGAAGGCUACAACCUCUUCUUGGAUAUGAUGGCUCGGAUUAGAAGGAACGUCAUAUAUUCCAUAUACCAGUUCCAGCCAGUGCUAGUGAAGAAAGAUGAGUCGAAAGAGAAACCUACCGAACUGGUGAACAAUGGUCGGGGGCGUAAUAAGAAAGAUCCAGUUGGUGCCACCGAUACAUCCUCUGCUUGAGGCCAGGCUCCAAAGCUAUUGCAGGAGCUUCCUAUUCAGGCAUCAAGAAGAGUUGUUGCAGCAACCUGUUGUCAGUUGUAACCUGUGUAAAGGCCACCAAAAAAUUUCUAAUAACAUAAUAGUAUAAGA